AUGAGUACCCGUCCAGAAUCAUUUGAUAGGCCCGCAACCACAUCACCGACUGACUCGGCAAAUCUGGGAGCUCAACUGAGCGAAGUUCUAAACCAAUUUAAUAAGCUGAGCGUUGAAAUGAUGGCCCAACGGCGCGUAAUUGAUCAAUUGGUAGCUAGUGGUGCUAGCAGUAAACAACAUGAGCCCUUACCUCCUGGCCAAUCUAAACCUCAACCCAUAUUUUUGCCUUAUACUCAAACCUCUGUUCCUUCACAAUUCAUAAACCCCCCUGAGGAAGCCUUUACUUAUCCCACUCAUGGCCCACAACCUGCUUAUGCACCUCACAUCCAAACUAACCCUCCUCAUGUCCAAAUUCCCGAAAAUUAUCCGCCAAUUACUAUAAGCAUGCCAUUCGAGCCACAGGGACCUUAUUAUUACUCCACCGCUGAGCCGUUCACCCUAGAUACCGCUGCUCAAGGGAAAGUUGAAACCGGGGAGUCAUCCGCACCAGUGGAUAAGAAUUUGCUAAAGCGAUUGGAUCGCAAGUAUGAUGGAACGAGCAACCCCAAGACGCACCUCCGAAUGUUUGCUAACAAGUUGGGCAAACCAAUAGAUGACGAGAAUCUACCAGUUCGUUUGUUUCCCGAAAGCUUAGAAGGUGAUGCAUUGGACUGGUAUUCCAAUUUGAAACCCGAGGAUAUGAGGACGUGGCUGGACUUAUCAACUGCUUUUGUAAGGCAAUACGAAUACAAUUGCGAGCUGGCUCCAACGAGGACCACAUUGGAAGGAACCAAGAGGAAACCAUCCGAGGACCACAAGACAUAUGCGAAAAGAUGGAGGAAAUUGGCCGCCAAGGUGGAACCCCCUAUGAUUGAAGAUGAGAUUGUUCGUACGUUCAUCAAAGCUCAUGAUCCGCCCUACUUUGAGGAGAUUUUUCGCAUGACCGGGUGUUCAUUUGCAGCAAUUAUCAAUAAGUUGGAGGAAUAUGACGAAUACGUCAAAGCAGGGAAAAUUGUCAAUGUAUCAGCUUUAAAAUCACAGUUGGACGCCUUGCAAGGUCAAAGUAAUAACAGAAGGGAGCCUCAACUCCAGAAGAAAGAGGAGGAAACUACUUUUGUGUGGGGCCAAGGACCAUUUUCAAGACCCAGAUCCCAACGUUACCAGACGUAUUCAUUUCGCUACCCAAACUCACGCCCUGUUUACCAUACUACCACUAAUCACCCUCGACCUCAGCCAAACCAUGCAAGCCCACCUACAAUAUCCUUCCCAAUGACUCAAAACAAUCCUCAAAUUCAACCUCGUCUACCUUAUAAUCCCAGACCUGCUCCACCAAACCAACAGACUUACAACCUUCCUCAAACCAAUAAAAUACAAAAACCUGGUCGAUCUCGAACUUUUGCCAACUUAGGCCGACCCAUUGACCAACUGUAUGAACAGCUCAAGGCUGCCGGUAAAAUAGAUGACAUACCUCCUCCAAACUACUCUCGUCGAGGUCUCUCUUCUGGGUACGACCCUCAAGCCGCGUGUGCCUACCAUUCUGGAGCGCCCGGUCAUUCGACCAGUAACUGUUGGGUACUAAAACAUAAGAUCCAGGACAUGAUCGAAGCAGGAAAUAUAGUGAUUAAGGAAAAGGGAAGAACAAGGACCGAACAUAAAUGGCCCAGAAUAAAACCGCCUGACCCUUUGGAUAUCACUGUUCAGAAAUUUGAUGGCAGCGAUCUCAUAAAUGUGAAUUUGAAUUUCAAAAAUGAGAGGAGUGGGGAAGAGGCAUCCGAAAAUGUUUCAAAGAAGCCCGAAUGGAAUAAAAGAAGUUCAAGCCAAAUCGUGAUCAAGAUUAGGAAUAAGAAGCAGUUAAACACAGUCUAUCGUGGUCAAUAUGAUCAAGAGGAUUGGUCUGUGAUUACCAUUAAAGGGUCAAAUCAUGACCAUUCAGACAAGAAGGCAAAGCAUUAA